CGAUCCUUCUUCUUUCAUUCAAUAUCUUCCACUUCAGUUAAUUACGCAGAAGGUGGUCACAUCUUCUUCGUAAACAGGGAUGAGGCGAAAUGCACGUGUUGGACAUACUGUGCAUACAAUUUGCCAUGUGCUCAUGUCGUUGAGGCUUUCUUAAAUUCAUAUCUAACCUGUGAUAUUCUGAGAAAUAGUGACAGGUGGACACGUCAGUAUAACACCACGGAGGACAUUCCACGAGCCAUCCGCCUAACACCGGAACCGAACAACGCGUUCAGAAAUGCUUAUGAACGUUUAAGACGUCGUCUCAACAUUCUGAACCAAAGAAAUCCGGAUGCUGCACUGCGGGAAGUAGCAGAGUUCACAAGAAGGUUGGACACUUUGCUAGCAAAUGAACCGCAAACAACUUUGAGAUUACGACGUGCCCCUGUUAAUCGAUCAUUUUUGUGAAAAUAUUUGCAUUACCUUAUUGUUUCCAUUUGUAUUCACAAUAUAAACAUCUAUGUCUAAACUGUGUUACACUUCCUUUCCCUUCAAAUGCCUGAGAGCGACAGUUUAAAGCAUACUUUGGUUGAUUGUUUCCUG